UACAAACUUUGGUAGCAACGCGUGGUCAUGGUAACUGAUAAAAUGGUAUUCUUUGAAGUUGAGUUCACACGACACUGGCAGAAUAUACUGUGCACGUCUUUGCACUGAUGAAGGCCAUAUUUAAAACAAGCAACCAAUAAUAAAACACAUGGAUACGCAAGCGAAUUAUCCGGAGAAAUUAAAAACUACGUAUUGGGAUCCAUUGAAUGUGGAUUACCCAGUCAAAAAAUGUUUCAACACUGGAAUAUCGAGUGAAACUAUGGCCAGGGUGUGGCGGAGUAAUCCUGAAGUAAUGCUGGCGUCAAAACAUCCCGUAAAUGAAGAAAGGAGUUACAGAAGAGAUUACAAUGUGACAAAUGACCUAUUUAAAUCACAAAAUAGCUUUGAUUUUGGCUACAAAAUAUCAGAAACAAAUAGAUUCAACAAGCACAAUUCAUGCAUCGAAAACUCGUAUAUAUAUCCUCCAAGUAGACAGCUCGACGUCAAUAUUCCAGCAAUAACAGCUCAUGGAACAUCUGAAAUGAGGAACUCCUACCUUCAACCCGUAAUUCCAAGCAGAGUUAUUACGAAUAAAGAUCAAUUUAAACAUCCGAACACAAUUUGUACAGAUCCAUUAGAGCUUUGCCAUAAAGAAAUAGAGCCACUGGAUACAAGGCAUGACGGAUUCGAGAAAUAUUUGGACCCAUAUCUAACUACGAGCCGAUUGCAUCAUCGACCAUUCACGGCCGAACAACUAAAUAAACCGUCAAAUUCUAAAGACGUUCUAACAUAUUACACAUACGCUAACAUUCCUUGGGUGCGAUCUCCAAAACCUAAGAUAGAUGAAUGGCAUCUACCUGUGAGUAAAAACAAAUCAAUUUAUGACAGAGAGAAAUUCAAAGAUGAAUUUCGAGAAAUAAGAACGCAUCGUAAGCCGAAAUGGGUACCAGGAGCUUUUAGAACAGAGAAUAGUGACAACUACAAUAUUUUAAGUCAACCAGCGCCGCAUACUACUGAAGAAAUAAAGUCUAUAUAUAAAAGAUCCAUAGCCAGGAUACAAAGUGACAUUCAAAACGGUUGUUAUUCUACAGAAAAUUCCCUAAUCGGAUCAACUAAAUCAGUAUCUUCCGUGCUUGAUCAACACGUUGGAAAAAAUAAAAGAUUCACACAUAGAAGUUUAAAAAACACAUAAUUAAAUCCUAUUCACUUAUAUUAAAUAUAGUGUUAUUUCUAAAGCCUAAAAUGUUUUAUAAAAAAGGUUAUAUAAUAAAAAAAGUAAACUCACACCUAACCACGCAAUAAAAUUGUCAUAUUGUUUCCAAAAUGUCAAAAUGUGAAAUAAUUUGUAAACAACAUGCAUACCACUUCACCUCAAACCAUUAAAUGGAAAUAUUAUACUUCAUAAUUAUAGUAGCCGUGAUAUCGUAUGCGAUAUAUCUAAUACAACCGUACUGGGUGUUCAUUGUGUCGAUAGCAUU